GGGGGGGGGUCCUAAGAGUCAGUCUGGAAAUUCUGCUAUUGUAGGUUUGAUUCGGUUAUUGAAAACGAAAAUUAUAGGCAACAGGUGGAAUAUUUAGACUUUCUGUGUCAUCUUUACUGGAUGGAAAUUUACCUGGCAGCUUUCCAUUUGCUUCAGGAGGAAGACGACCAAGUGUGGACCAGCUAACUGAUUGGGCUUUGUAUAAAAGGAAAUCCCACACAGAGUGACACAGCAGUUGCACGAGAGACGGAGACCCAGUGAAUUGUUUCGACAUUGGUCUAAUGCAUGAAUACUGUACCAAAUUAGAAGGACCACAUAUAGAAGGCUGCUAACUGCACUUUAGAUACGAAACUGCCAAUGGAGGCUGAUUACCGACGACCACAGGUUUACACUGUGGGGACAAACCUGAAUCUUUCUCGUAAUCCCAUGGGCACAAUGCGCCCGGCAAUUGCACCAAGGCAAAAGAAGCCAACGAGGGACUGGCAGAAAGUGUGUACUGUUGUCAUUCUGAUCCUGACGUUAGUAAUAUUGGCAUGUCUGCUACUUGGAACAAUCUACAUCAUAGAGCUCAGAAUGGAAUUCAAGAAAAUCCAAAAGGAUCAAGAAGAGCAAAGCUCACAAGCAAAGAUGGUUGGAGCUCCAAUUGUUAAGAAACAGACCACGGUUGCUGCACACCUCACAGGAAUGUACUCCGCCAAGAGUUCAAGCACACUCCUAUGGGAUGCCAAUAAGGACAAUGCCUUCACAAGUGGCUUACAUUACAAAGAAGGUUCGUUGAUCAUUAGCGAAGCUGGCUACUUCUUAAUUUACUCCAAAAUCUACUUCCGAGGCACAGAAUGCAAACCAGACACAGUGCUGCAACAGAAUGUGCUCAAGCGAACUGAUCGCUAUCCAGUAGCUCUUCGUCUAAUGACUGUCAGUAGCAACUUGCACUGUGCUGAGAAGGAAAAUUUGUGGUCAAGAAAUAGUUUUCAAACAGGAGUAUUUAAAUUAUCCAAAGGCGAUCGUAUAUUAGUGAAUGUGUCAAAUCCAGAAUUAGUUAAUUUUGAUCAGUUUCACACUUUUUUCGGAUUACAUAAGCUUUAGUUUCUGCUGAUUACUUUUAAUUCCUCCUGUGCCUAUGGAUCAUAGGUCUGUUCACCUGAGUAAGCUUUUAAGUUAUUUUCUUCAUAUGAUAUUGUCAAUGAAAUGUUAUGCCUUGGUCAAGCAUGUAGUGCAAUCUGAUAGAAUGUAUAUUGAUAAGGGUGAGGAUAAACAUUAUAUUUGAAAAUAACAUUUACAGUUAUGUGAUAUUGAUGUAUAGUACUUAUUGCAUUUUGAAAAUUUCAUCUUGUCAAGCAUUUGCUUCGAUAUGAAUGUAUUUGCAUAUUUGGAAUUGGAAUCUUAUACAGAGAUAAGAAGAAACACUGCAAGUUUAAUUUUAUUGGCCACAACAAUGUUAGCAAGGCAUUGUGAAAUAUUAACUGUGUAUUAAGUGAGUAUGAAUUGAAAAUAUAACAUAAAAAUGGAAA